AUGGUUUCCAAUAACAUAUUCCCGGGGAAAAAACGCAGCCGAAAAGCUAGAUUUUCAGAUGAGGAACAGAAUAAUAAAUUAGGCAACACCAGUGCAGAAUUUUGUUUCAAGCGCGAUGUUUUUUAUGUUCUUUUAGACUGUGUCAUUGGUAAUAUGAAUUGGUGUUUUGAGGCAGCAAAAGGUCUUGAGGAAACAUUUGGUGUUGUAUGGAAAUACAUGACAUUAGAUAAAGAUCUGCUGCGUGAGAAAGCUUCAUCUAUUUGCGUUAAAUAUAGCAUUGAUGUUUCUCUCGAUUUAAUAGACGAGUUAGAACAUUUAAAGGCAAUUCACGCAUCAAAUCUUGGCAUAAUACAAUUAUUGUCGUUUCAAUUAUUAAACAAACUCCAUGAGUUGAAGCUUGAUUUUCUUUUCCCAAACAUUUUAGUUGUUCUUAGAACUUUUUGUACACUUCGAGUUACCGUUGCACAAGCAGAACGCUCUUUCAGCACCCUUGCAAGAGUUAAAAAUGUUUUACAAUUAAAAAAAAUAGAGUCUCAAAAUGAUGAACGUAAUAUUGAAAAUGGAACUAAUAACAUAAAAGAGAAAAUAGCAGAACUAGAAGACAGAAGCCGUAGAAACAAUUUGAGAUUUAUUGGGAUUAGAGAUAAAGCUAAUGAAACUUGGGAAGAAAGUGAGCAAAAAAUCAAAGACUUCCUCAAUACAAAGCUUAAUAUACAAGAAAAAAAUUUAAUAGAUAGAGCCCAUCGAGUUGGAAAAGAAAACGGAAAAAACAGUAUAUAUCAAUAA